AUGUCGUUGCAUUAUCCCCAUGGGUAUCGGUACCGAUCCGCGGCCAAAGCUCCGGGCCCGGGGAACGGCGAACAGGGCUCUGAUAGCGAUGUCGCUGAACUAAGCGAUCUGGAGGAUGACGAGGAUGAGGACGGGGGCGGCCAAUCGACCGACAGACGGAUACUGCCGGAUGAUGAUCAGGAUGACGACGAUGAGGACGACGAUGAGGACGACGAGGAUGAUGAGGAUGACGAGGACGGCGACGAGCUUCCAUAUCCUGGUUUCGUGCCGGUUGUUCUGCGAUACCUCGACCAGACUACACGACCGCGCAACUGGUGUCUGGCGCUCAUCACUAAUCCGUGGUUCGAAAGGGUGAGCAUGAUGGUAAUCCUUCUGAACUGCAUCACUCUGGGGAUGUAUCAGCCCUGCGUCGACGACCAAUGCGUGACGAAUCGUUGUAAAAUAUUACAAAUGUUCGACGACAUCAUUUUCGCCUUCUUCGCCCUCGAGAUGACAAUCAAGAUGGUCGCGAUGGGAAUAUACGGGAAGGGGACGUACCUCGCGGACUCCUGGAACAGGCUCGACUUUUUUAUCGUCGCGGCCGGUGCCCUGGAAUACUGCUUGAACGUGGAGAACAUGAAUCUGUCGGCGAUACGAACGAUAAGAGUCCUAAGACCGUUGCGUGCCAUCAACAGAAUUCCGAGUAUGAGGAUACUGGUGAUGCUGUUGCUCGACACGCUUCCCAUGCUGGGCAACGUGUUGCUGUUGUGUUUCUUCGUAUUCUUCAUAUUCGGGAUCGUCGGCGUUCAAUUAUGGGAGGGUAUACUGCGUCAACGUUGCUUCCUGAAGGCUCUGCCGAACGUCCGAUAUCCCGACGAUCUCGAGAAGUACUUCGAGUAUCAGGGUCAGGACUACAUUUGCUCGCGGCCUGACGACAACGGAAUGCACUCUUGCAGCAACUUGCCGCCGCUCAAGUUCGGAAACGUGGUUUGCAAUCACACCGCGUUGCCGAACAAUAAUGCGACGUUCAUCACCAACGACACCUGCGUUAAUUGGAAUUACUAUUACACGGAGUGCAAGGGUCAGGGCAACAAUCCAUUCCAAGGAACGAUAUCGUUCGAUAAUAUCGGUCUUGCCUGGGUCGCAAUAUUUCUCGUAAUUAGUCUUGAGGGAUGGACAGACAUAAUGUAUUACGUGCAGGAUGCUCACUCCUUUUGGGAUUGGAUUUAUUUCGUCCUUUUGAUUGUGAUUGGCUCGUUCUUCAUGAUUAAUCUGUGCUUAGUCGUAAUAGCAACACAAUUCUCAGAAACGAAAAAGAGAGAGAUGGAAAGAAUGCGAUUGGAACGGGCACGGUUUCAUUCCACAUCAACCCUUGCGUCGUCAACGAACACAUCGGAACCUACCACGUGUUAUGCAGAAAUUGUUAAAUAUAUCGCGCACCUGUGGCGGCGGGGCAAGAGGCGGCUAAUGAAGAGGUACCGACUGUAUUUAUACAAAAGACAGCAGAAACGUGAGCAGAAUUUACUUAAGGAACAGCAACAGCACGGACAUCCGUUUCGGGGAAGCUCAGCCGGUCCUGCCUCGAAUAGAUUACCUGGAGAUAGGAGGCUCCAUCACAGAAGGUGUCCCCGUCUGCUCGCUGCCAUCGAGUACGCGGACCAACAUCAGCAGCAGGGAAUCGGUAGCGGUUCGCUGACAGACUUCACAGGGAACAGUCCGCCGACACAGGCCGCGAUCCUGACCACCGCUAUCGCUAGUAAUGGAGGCAGCAACGGGAACCUGGCGAUUGCACCUCGCGCGAGUCCUGAGGUCUCUGAAGCUGACGUUUCGUCGAACGUGUGCAACCGUUUGGGCACCCACAGAACGUCCUCGGUGUCUUGUAACGGAAGCGAUAACGUCGUUUCGAACGCCACCGAAGCGAGUAUACAGACGAAUAAUGCGCUGCUCAGUCCGCCAUGCACUCAGUACAGAAGAAGAAGCAGCGUGAUGUUCAGCGACGUGGUGCUGUUGCACGGCAGCAACAACGUCGGGAACGCGUUGCAAACGAGUUCGACGGUGGCGCCCGGUGAACGUAAUGUCUGUUCCAGCGAGAAAAUGACGCAGACCGGUGACGGGAAUGUCUGGUCGAGUCCGUUGUCUGACCACAUGCAGAUGCAGGCGGAACUGGGCGGCAGCGAAGCCAUGACCUGUCAGGAGUUGCUGGCGUUGAGCGGCGCGCUGAGCGCCGCGUUGCCAACUGGCCAGCUGGCGCUGGACUCAUUCUUGAACUCGCUCACAAAAGGUAUAAGGGACCGUCACAUCACUCUGGAGGAUCGUGCACAGUGGCUGACGUCCGAGGCUGAUAAUUGCUCCUGUUGCUGCGAGCUUCAGGCGACCGGUGAUCAAUGGCCGGACGAGGCUGACAAAUGGGCGAAGUCGUCGCGCGCAAAGAGGGUGCUGAGAUCAUGCGGCGGCCGGUGUUUUAGCGCGUUGCGGUGCAUAAGACGCUCGAUCCAGAGGCUGGUCGAGCACAAGUACUUUCAACAGGGUAUCCUGGUGGCAAUUCUGAUAAAUACGUUGAGCAUGGGCAUCGAGUACCACAACCAGCCAGAGCAAUUAACCAUAGUGGUUGAAAUAAGCAAUAUUGUGUUUUCGGCCGUUUUCGCCGUGGAAAUGUUACUCAAGAUAAUAGCGGAGGGCCCGUUCGGCUAUAUAAGCAACGGAUUCAACGUCUUUGACGGGGUUGUCGUGGUACUCAGUGUCGUAGAAAUCUGCCAGGCCUUCGUCGAGGAGCGAAGCGGCAGCUCUGGGCUGAGCGUGCUCCGUACUUUUCGGCUGCUUAGGAUCCUGAAGCUGGUCCGUUUCCUACCGAAUCUCCGCCGUCAGUUGUUCGUGAUGCUGCGCACCAUGGAUAACGUUGCCGUAUUCUUUUCCCUUUUAGUACUUUUCAUCUUUAUAUUCAGCAUCCUAGGGAUGUACCUGUUCGGGGGUAAGUUUUGCAUGUGGGCGGACCGGAGUCGGCCCUGCACCUGUGCCGAGGUGGUCUCGCGGCACCCAAUGUGCCGCUGUGAUCGCAAACAUUUCAACGACAUCGUCUGGGCACUUGUCACGGUCUUUCAGAUCCUGACCCAAGAGGAUUGGAACGUGGUGCUGUUCAACGGAAUGCAGAAGACCUCCCAUUGGGCGGCCCUUUACUUCGUCGCGCUGAUGACUUUCGGGAACUAUGUUCUUUUCAAUCUUCUGGUCGCCAUUCUUGUCGAAGGAUUCUCGUCAGAGAGAAAUGAAAGAAGAGAACGGGAACAGAGGGAAAUGGCGAGGCUUGCCGCGAAAGAAGCCGGAUUGGGAAGCGACGAUGGCUCGUCGAGGAUAUCGAGAUCACAUUCGAUCACUGAUAGCGAUACUUACACUCAGGACCGGAAGAACUCGUGGCAGAGCGCCGAGGAGUUGCGAAAGUACAAAGACAACAACAGCCGAGAGAAGCAGAACACGGUCUGGAGGCACCGAAUAGUCGAGCCGAAAUGUAACAUUCAGAAGGAGAACAAAAUGAUGUGCGGGGGUGGACAACCACCGAUAAUUACUCACACGGCAGCUACACCUCAGGAUUCACCGAACACCACCCUCGACGUCGGUUACAAGGACUUGAAUUGCCAAGCCGUAUAUCCGACCGCUGCUCUAUCGAUCGAAUCUAUCGAUCGUUCGGGCAGUCAGUGUAGCAUACCCUCGGGACUGUUAAAAUUACCAGACGUCUCGAACAAAAUACCGACCAAGAACCUUAUCGCCGGACAGUUUCCCCGGCGCAUAAGUCUCGUCACCGCUACUAUUAAUCCCGCGGCGAGAGAGUCAUCCAAUUCGAGCCCACCAAGAAUACAAAGAGGUUACUCAUGGAAACUGUCCCGACCAUCCCUAAGAAGGAAGCGUUGGUCUCAAUGCGAGGAUGAACCUCCUGGAAGAGCCAUCGUUUUAAACAACGGUCGGAGCAAUUUACUUGGCUCCAAUUCGAACUUCAACGGCGGCUAUUUACACGGCACGAUAAGGAAUGACACGCAAAGCGACACGCCGAAUAACCGUACGGCCGUCCUGACAAGCAAUAACCGUAGCCUGAGCCCUAAUAACUCGAUCGAAAGCCGUAGUUCCUCCAUACGGCGUUACACGAUGACGCCCAAUCAGAUGCGUUGGAUCGGCGACCUCUCGCGGAGGAACUCGCUGCGCGGAUACGAAAACGUGCAGUCCCCAACGAGAAAAACGUUACCAUCGGACGAUGCGCUGGUACAAUGUUCAACAGCGGCGCGUACAAUUAACAAUUUGUCGAUGGAGACCGGUCCACUGCCCAGAAUCAAGCAGCUUCCCGAUCAAGACGACGACAAUCCCUGCACGGACGAACAGACGCCAUCUCUGAACGGCCACGGUAGCGCCAGUAGCAUCGAGAGGAUCAAGAAGAUCUUCAUGUUCUUCGAACCUAAAGGCUGCCUUAAAGAACGCGAUGAUUACUCGCUCUAUCUUUUCCCGCCGAACAACAGGUUUCGAGUUCUCUGCCGAUGGUUCGUUGAUCAGAAAUGGUUCGACAAUGUGGUCCUCUUUUUCAUUGGUCUAAAUUGUAUCACCUUGGCGAUGGAAAGGCCGAAUAUACCGCCUGACAGCGGCGAGAGACUUUUUUUAGCAACAGCGAACUACGUUUUUACCGGAGUGUUCGCCGUUGAAAUGUUCGUUAAGGUCGUUGCAUCCGGUAUGCUGUACGGUUCGGACGCUUACUUCACUUCUGGCUGGAAUAUUAUGGACGGAGUUCUUGUGAUCAUUUCCAUCAUCGAUUUAUCAAUGUCUGUACUUUCGUCUAGUAGUCCAAGAAUAUUUGGAAUAUUGAGGGUUUUUAGACUUUUACGGUCGCUGAGACCACUGAGGGUGAUCAAUCGUGCACCCGGUUUGAAGCUGGUUGUUCAGACAUUGUUGUCCUCUUUACGACCUAUCGGCAACAUCGUUUUGAUAUGCUGUACUUUUUUCGUAAUCUUCGGUAUCUUGGGCGUGCAGCUCUUCAAGGGUGCCUUUUAUUAUUGCGAGGGGCCUGAUAUUAAAAACGUGCGCAAUAAGACCGACUGCCUGGCCGACAACCGGAACGUCUGGCUGAACCGGAAGUACAACUUCGACGAUCUCGGGAAAGCGUUGAUGUCGUUGUUCGUGCUCUCGUCGCGAGAUGGCUGGGUGAACAUCAUGUAUACCGGUCUCGACGCCGUUGGUGUCGAUCAACAGCCAGUCGAGAAUUACUCGGAAUGGCGGCUGUUGUAUUUCAUAGCUUUCAUCUUGCUCGUUGGUUUCUUCGUGCUCAACAUGUUCGUGGGUGUUGUGGUGGAGAACUUUCACAGGUGUCGCGAGGAACAGGAGAAAGAAGAGCGCGUACGAAGAGCCGCGAAGCGGGCCCUGCAAAUGGAAAAGAAACGGCGAAAAAUGCACGAGCCACCUUAUUAUACGAACUACUCGAAAUCCCGGCUCUUCGUUCACAACGUGGUGACGUCCAAAUAUUUCGACUUGGCGAUCGCCGCGGUAAUCGGCCUGAAUGUUGUCACAAUGGCAAUGGAGUUUUACAUGAUGCCGAAGGCACUGACUUACGCUCUAAAGAUAUUCAAUUAUUUCUUCACCGCGGUCUUCAUCCUCGAAUCAUUCAUGAAGCUUCUCGCGUUGGGUCUGCACUUAUACUUAAAAGACAAAUGGAACCAGCUAGACGUCGGAAUCGUAAUACUGUCGGUGGUCGGUAUUGUUCUCGAAGAGGUCGAGUCGAAAAUCAUUCCGAUCAAUCCCACCAUAAUUCGCGUGAUGAGAGUGCUGCGGAUCGCCAGAGUUCUGAAGCUGCUGAAAAUGGCGAAAGGAAUACGAGCCCUUUUGGACACGGUAAUGCAGGCGUUACCGCAGGUCGGAAACUUGGGACUGCUAUUCUUUCUGCUGUUUUUCAUAUUCGCGGCACUUGGUGUCGAACUUUUCGGUCGUUUAGAAUGCACCGACGAAAUGCCGUGUCAAGGACUCGGCGAGCACGCCCAUUUCAGUAACUUCGGAAUGAUCCUGACGCUUUUUCGCGUGGCGACUGGCGACAACUGGAACGGUAUCAUGAAGGACACGUUAAGGGACGACUGCGACGAGGCGGCGGACUGCGUGAAAAACUGUUGCGUGAGCACCAUCAUAGCGCCGAUUUUUUUUGUAAUUUUCGUAUUAAUGGCGCAAUUCGUUCUUGUCAACGUGGUCGUUGCCGUUCUCAUGAAACACCUCGAGGAGAGUCAUAAACAGAUGGAAGACGAAUUGGACAUGGAAACACAACUGGAGAGAGAAUUGGCCGCAGAGCAGGAGGAACUGCUCGAGGUGGAGGAGGAAGAGGAGGAUGACGAUGACAGUCCGAGGAGGGAGGGUGAUGGCGACGACGGGGUCGGAGAUGACGACGACGUCAGGGAGCGGGAGUCGAUUCUGGUGACGAAUGACAAAAUUCCUGUUAGCAGACCUGGCCUCGCUAAAGUUCGUUCUUUGCCUGCGAACUUCAUUUAUAAUCCGCCUCGAGAGAGAAGCACAGACGAUGCAUCAGUUCCCAUGUCGCUGUCGCGUCGCAGCUCGUAUCAUCGUCCUAAUUCAAGGCCGUCCAAGUUCAAGUCAAAGCGUCGACAAACGUUCCACUCGGCACACCAUCAGAGAAGAUCGUUACUGCCGAUGCACUUCGAAUUCGCCGAAGUUAUCGAGAAGCCUGUGAGCGAUCUAAGCGUGCCUCGGAUCAUUCCGCAUCGCAGCUACGGCACAGCUAGCCGUGAUCCCAGUCAGUCGCAACGUCAAUGGUUGCAGGCGACCAGCGACGCCCAAGAUAACAAGUACCUACUGAGCGUGACUAGGCCACCGGCGAGUUCGUCUCCGGUGACGCCAGCCGGCUCAGUGACCGCGCUCUCCAAGCCAAGCAGCGACCGUUAUCUCCACCCCACGGCCACAAUAUACCCGUCCAAGGCGACGCUGAACCGCACCGGUAGCAACGCGUCGAGGACACCUACGAGCCUGGCGAACGGUUGCGAGUCCUCGAAGAGUUACGGCCGAUCCGAGGACCUGAAGCAGACCAAGGACGAGAGACGGGUGUCCGCGCCGCUGAUAGACGAUCUCGACGUGCAAUCCGUCAUUAACGAAAGGAGACCGUCCAAACUGAAGAGCGCCGGUUCGACGGUGAUGUUGAGCAACAUCGGUGAACAAUACGGCUCUACCAUCCGGGCGAGUAGCUACGGACGCGUCUACGUCGCCGAUGAAAGAUCCGACGAGGGUCUGCCGCUAUCCAGCGGGAACAUCAGCGACAACCUGGUCAGGAGCGGGAGCAGUAGCGGUAGCAAAACCGGGAGCGCCGUGGUGUACAUACCCGAAGGGGCCUGCCCCACCAUAGGCACCGACGUCAGGAUAUACGUCGACGAUACCGACUCGGCGAGCAGCAACGGACACCGCAGACAGAAGCAGCAUAGCGAGGAGACAUCGGACCCGUCGACCACAAUCCCCUCUAUGACCCAGGUACAAGUGAACACCGAAGAGGCCGAAUUGGGUGCAGAGACAUCAGAGACAUUCGGCAGGCCAGUCUCUGACGGACCCGCGGAUCCUUCUUAA